CCUCUCUUUCUCGAAUCCCUUAACAAUAUCCUCUCUUUCUCGAAUCCCUUAACAAUAAGGAAUUGAAUUGCAGUAUACCCAAAACUAAAAGGAAGCAGCACAUCCACCAUAAAAGCGUCCCAGCCGUGAGAAUCACCAUUCCAUUGUUCCGAUAUCUAAGUUUAUUUAUUUGUUUUUUUUAAAACUGAAUCUUAUCUCUCGGUAUUUCUUCUCUCAUGGCUGAAUCGGAAAACCCCCUCCUCAAUGAAUUCUGUGCUGCCGCCGCGCAGUCCCGCCGGCUCCUCAUCCGCCUCAAGGGCCCCGGCCCCUGUCCUGUGCGGGACCCCAACGCCGGCCAAUGCUUGAAACAGAGCGUCAAUGUUUGUAAAAGCUUCAAUAGGAACAGAAUUGCCGACAAUGGAAUUCAAGAAUCUAGUGAUGCUAAACAUGUUGCUAGAUCUGCAAAGAUACCCGAGUUCAGCACCAAUACUCUUAUGAGCUCUAAGCAUGACAAUGGUUCCAUGAAGCUUUUAUCUGGAUUUGUUGAGCAGAACCAAUUCAAGGCCAAUACUCUAUGCAGGUCGACGAGAGGCGAUACUGCUGCCAAAGCAAGGAAAAGAACCCGAUUGCCUCUUGGAUUGCCGACCUCGAGUAAGUUAAAAAGAUCAAAGAGAUCAUUAUCAGCAGAGAGAAGAACAUCAAUUGAUGAUCUACCCAGCGUUAUAUUGGCUGAAAUCCUAUGCCGACUUGCAUGCAAUAAAUAUGUUUUCCAGUGCAAAACUGUGUCCAAGCGUUGGUGCACCCUCAUCGAAGAUCCUUAUUUUAUUGGCUGCUUUGUAAGAAUCCAAAGUUAUAAGGGAAUUCCAAAGAUACGCACUUUGAUAACCAAAAGAGCUGUGGAAUUCCGUCCUAUACAAACUCAGGCGCUCAAUAUGUUCAUGCGUUUCCACCGUUUGAUGGAAAAACCAGUUGUUGUAGCGACAUAUAAUGACUUAGUUUUGUGCUGCAUGACCAAGGAUUGUCAACACAUAUACUACAUCUGCAAUGCAUGCACCAUGCAGUAUGUUGUACUUCCACCCACCCCAAGUCGAUGUCACAAGAGUGUGCGGGUAGGAUUCAUCUGCAAUGUUCCUGACUAUAAAUGUGAGGAAGAUGAUUGGAAAGGAAACAACUUCCAGCAUAAUGUUGAGUGUAGGUACACGGUUGUGAGAAUUCUUCCUCCUGUCGAAUUUGAAAAUGGUGAGAAGAAAUGUGAUACAUUCAAAUUAAACGUGGAGAUCUUCUCUUCUGACACUGGGGAGUGGAGAGAAUCAGUUGUCUCGUCCCCACAGCACUUCAAUUUUGGCCGCCUCAAGGAGUUAUCCUUUACAUACAAUGGAAUGUUAUAUUGGUUAACAGAGCAGGACUUUAUUGUUAUUGGUUUGGGUCCAUUCUACGACAAUGAUGGAACUAGCAGCAGCAACAAUAAUGGUGAUGGUAUUAUUGAUCAUAAACUGGGUUUCACCAUAUUUGAGGAGACUCUAGACUUUGGUUUUAUGCUUCAGUACUCAGGUGUGUGCAGAGGAUAUGUGCUAUUGUGCAACAUGAGCAUGCUCUCCAGAAGUCUGUAUGUAUAUGAGUUGAAACAAUCACAAGAUGAUGGAGGAGCUGCUGCUGGCAAGAAGUUGUAUUUGAGUAAACGCAGAGUUUAUUCCUUUGAUGCUGAAAUGAUUCCGUUCAAAUCGAAUAUGUUACUGAUUGCUUUUGACCCAAGUAAUAAGGAUAUUUUUUAUCUGCGUGUGGACGAUGAUAUUAUCAAGUGGAAUGUUCACACAGGAAAGUGGUCAAAGAUAUCUAGACACUGGGUAAAACGUUGUGACUAUUACACAGUUGUGCUCCCAUGGUGGCCGACCUCAAUUCCUAGACUACCCCAGCAGCAGCAGCGUGCCCAUCUCUGCUAGCUCGUAGAUUGCAAGAAUUAAAGUAGUAAACUUUUGUUUGUUUGCGAUUGGACUUUGUUUUUUAAUUGGGAGUGGUUAAUUUUCUGCAGUUUUCUCAUGCAGGCGAAUUCAGGAAUUCUUGUAUGUGUAUAUAUGCUCGUUGCCAUCUAGAGCGUAUCUUAAUUUCCCUUCCUGACUCUUUUUCAUUCUAUUAAUUAAGAAUAAUGUAGCUCUCUAGGUACGAUAUGUAUUUUCUUUUUCUAUUCACCAAGGAAACUUGUUCGAAUUUUAGCAUGAGACUCAAGAGAAAAGAAUGAGUCAGCAAAUGUUGGAUACAAAAUUAUGAUUUUUUUUGUUAGAGAGGUAAAUGGGUCCUUUCGAUUCUGGCAUUGGCUCGAGCUGUGAAGAUGGCACUACAUAGAGCUUCCGAAGAUGGCACUACGUUUUCGUUUUCUAAGUCCCAUCAUCAUCUUCUCCUCUUCUACACUCUCAUCGGCGAACCAACCACCGGCAACAAUGACUCUGAUGACGAAGACCACCUCCUCUUUCAUUCUACAAUCCAAUUGUAAUGGCAGAAUGGGUUCUUAAUCUGGUCACCUACAUUGUAGCAAGGGCUGGAGCUCACCUUCUCAUCACCGCCAAGCUCAUCUGGGAUGCUCCCAAAUUCGGAAAGGGCAUUGAGCUGCCACUUGCAUUGUUUGGGAUGUUCGGAAUGAACUUUCUGAAUGCCUUUCUUGGCAUCGAUCUCUUCCAUGCUUUCAAGAGAGAGAAGAAUCCUCAGAAUACUAAUAGUCAUCAUGGGUGACAAAGUAAAGGCCAAAAAAUAGUUACAGAUCUUUUUCGUUUGUGUUGGUUUUUUUUCUUUUGGUCGAAAUUUUGUUUGUGUUGUUUAUUUCAUUGAUUUUGCACAUGAAUGGUUGUUGACGAAAAGAACGAGUUAUUCAUGUGAGAAAUCAACAGUGUAAAUUAUGCGAGCGAGAGUAUAUGAAGGCAUGGUUAUUGAACUUA